UUGGUACAAUAAAGUAUUGUUACCCGUUAACAAGUGUAUUAUUUUGGUGUUUAAGAGUAUAGGAUCUCUCGUCUGGUGACUACAAAACCUACAAGCAAACGACACGUGCUGCCAUCUCGAUGUGAUUGCUGCAACAGAUCGGAUGGGCUAUAGCUUGUGUGUAUACACCAGCUCUUUCAAAUCACCCCAUCUAUCACCAUUCCUGUUAAAUGGAAAACAUAUGAUCUUUGUUUUGGAUUUCUUAUAUUAUUGUCAUAAAUAUAUUAAUCUAUGAUAUUGUUUUAGAUUUUAGCUUUGAAAUAGUUUGAAAUUCGAUUCACCAUAGUUAAUUAACUUUGUCCAAGAACCACUGAAUGUUAUAGCCUUUCCAGUAUGCCUAAAAGGACAUUGAUAAUAUUGUGGAUACUACUGCCAGUUUUUAUAGAUAAAGUUUCGGGAGCAGCCUCAGAUAUUCAACAAGAUGCUAAGGCUCAAUCCACUCAUAGAAUAGAUAGCUUAAACUUACUUUCUUACACAUUAUUGUUGAUCUUAACUGUAUUAACUAUAUGGCUGUUUAAACAUAGAAGAUUAAGUUUCAUCCAUGAGACUGGGCUUGCAGUAAUUUAUGGCCUUAUAGUAGGAGCUAUUAUACGUUACUCUGGAUCUACUUCACAAGUUCUAAACAUGCAAGUUUUUGUUGAUGAAUCUAAAUAUAAUUCAAGUAUACCUCCGGAUACUUUAUCUCUUUAUAUGCCUAAACCCAAUAGCAAUAAAAACAUGACUUUCCAAUAUAUCUUCCGUAAUGAAAUUGACGAUGAGAAAGAAAAUGAAAUUGACUUGAAGGCUACUUUUGAUCCAGAAAUAUUUUUUAAUAUUAUAUUGCCUCCCAUAAUAUUUCAUGCUGGUUACUCGUUGAAAAGGAAGUAUUUCUUUCGUAAUCUGGGCGCAAUACUAACCUUUGCCAUAAUAGGCACCACUGUUUCAUCGUUCAUCGUUGGUGGGCUAAUGUACGGCUGUGUUCAACUAAUGCCAUUGAGAUUGGCGAAUAGUUUUACGUUUCUCGAUACACUUUACUUUGGAGCACUAAUUUCUUCCACUGACCCAUUGACAAUUCUAGCUAUUUUUAACGACUUAAACGUAGAUGUUAACCUAUAUGCAUUAGUAUUUGGUGAAAGUGUCCUUAAUGAUGCUGUUGCUAUUGUACUUAGCGGUUCUAUUCAGCAUUAUAGUAAGAGGUACCAACUGGGAACCGGAGGAUUUGAGAUGAAAGCCUUUUUUCAAGCUGUAGGCGAUUUUUGUGGAAUAUUUAUGCUUUCAUUACUUAUAGGAGCGGCGAUGGGGUGCAUUACUGCUUUGAUAUCAAAAUAUACUAGAGUACGAGAUUUUCCACUUCUAGAAUCUGCAUUAUUUGUGCUAAUGUCCUACAGUACAUUCUUGAUUGCUGAAGCUACAGAUCUCACAGGUGUAGUUUCGGUGCUUUUUUGCGGAAUAUGUCAAGCACAUUAUACUUACAACAAUCUCUCUGAAGACUCUAGGAUAAGGACCAAGCAAAUAUUUGAACUGCUUAAUUUUUUGGCUGAAAAUUUUAUAUUUUCGUACAUUGGAGUUUCGAUGUUUACAUUUCCUAAACAUCACUUUGCUCCUUGGUUCAUAUUGGCAGGUUUUAUAUGUGCAGCUAUUGGUAGAGCAGCCAACGUUUAUCCGUUAUCGUUUCUUCUAAAUUUAGGAAGACACCCCAAAAUACCGGCUAAUUUCCAACAUAUGCUCUUCUUUGCAGGUCUGCGAGGAGCUAUGUCAUUUGCCUUGGCAAUCAGGAAUACAAGAUCUGAAGCCAGACAAGCUAUGCUAACUACAACGUCUCUUAUAGUUAUAAUUACUGUGAUAAUUCAGGGCGGUGCCACUAUGAACUUACUUAGAUGGCUUAAUAUUCCGGUAGGAAAUGAUGAGGAAACUGAAGCACUGUCUCAGAAUGCUGUACAUUGUGCAUACAAUUCAAUGGAGCGAGGCAUAGCGGAAAACACAACUCCAAGAAGUGAUUGGAACGAUCCUUUCGGCGAGCGAGAAAGAUCCAAACCGGGUGAAAAGGCUCUUCUAGCGAGAAUCUGGGGAUCUUUUGAUCGAAAAUAUAUGAAGCCACUUUUGACGCACUCUAGUCCAACUCUUUUAGAAACACUUCCAGUUUGUUGUACCCCAAUUGCAAGGCUACUUACUACUACAGAACAAAUUACUCAGGAGUCUGCAAAAUUAAAAGGUCGGGACUCUGAUUCUGAUCUUUGCAUUGAAGAGAACGAUUCUUCUGCUGGUUCGCGACUUAAUACAAGACCGAUCAACGCUAUCAGCGGUCAACAAGUCUAGACGCUGAACCAUCUUGUGUCAAACCAGAUACUUACAAAUCUAGUCAGAAUAGCGCUUCGUAUUCAAAAUUGGAUUUAAAGUCUAUUCAAUGAUUUACAUUUUAUACCAAUAUAUAAUUAUAAAUAUUGCCAGUGGUAUUAUAAAA